CAGCGCCGCCCGGCUCUCCCCGCGGGGGCUCCCGGACCUGCCCUGGGCUCCAUGUAAUGUUCAGAGUCAGAAAUGCCUUAUGUGGAUCGUCAGAAUCGCAUUUGUGGUUUCCUAGAUAUCGAAGAAAAUGAGAAUAGUGGGAAGUUUCUGCGGCGAUACUUCAUUCUGGACACACGGGAGGACAGUCUGGUGUGGUACAUGGAUAACCCACAGAAUCUUCCCUCUGGAUCUCCACCGGUUGGAGUCAUUAAACUUACUUAUAUUUCAAAGGUUAGCGAUGCAACUAAGCUAAGACCAAAGGCAGAAUUCUGUUUUGUUAUGAAUGCAGGGAUGAGAAAAUAUUUUCUACAAGCCAAUGAUCAGCAAGACCUAGUGGAAUGGGUAAAUGUUCUGAAUAAAGCUACCAAAAUCACAGUACCAAAGCAGCCCGAUCCUCUGUGUCAAAUGGAUAAUGCUAAUCGUCAAGUUGAAAGUCCAGGUGCAAAGAAGCAAGUGUCUUACAGGACAGAAAUAGUUGGUGGUGUCCCUAUCAUUACGCCCACACAGAAAGAAGAAGUCAAUGAGUGCACUGAAGGGGGUGAUAGAAAUUAUUUGAAACGGUCACAAAGUCACCUUCCUUAUUUUACUGCCAAACAUCCCCCAGAUAAUGCUAUUAUCAAAGCUGGCUACUGUGUCAAACAAGGAGCAGUGAUGAAGAACUGGAAGAGAAGAUACUUCCAGUUAGAUGAAAACACAAUAGGCUAUUUCAAAUCUGAACUGGAGAAGGAGCCUCUCAGGGUUAUACCACUCAAAGAGGUCCAUAAAGUUCAGGAAUGUAAACAAAGUGAUAUAAUGAUGAGAGACAAUCUCUUUGAAAUUGUAACAACUUCUCGAACCUUUUAUGUACAGGCGGACAGUCCCGAAGACAUGCACAGCUGGAUCAAGGCAAUCUCCGGGGCCAUCGUAGCACAGCGGGGACCUGGGAGAUCAGCAGCUUCUAUGCGGCAGGCCAGAAGGCUGUCGAAUCCUUGUAUACAGAGGAGCAUUCCGAGCCUUCUGCAGAAUCCAACAGCCAUGCUGUCCGUCCUGCCGCCCCCGCAGCCGCCGCACGUCCCGCAGCCUCUCACAGCAGCCCUGUGGUCCCACACGCUGACCCCAGACACCCUGCCCUGGAGAAGCGAGGAUUUCACGAGUCUUUUACCAAGGCCAAGCCAGGGAACUACAAGAUCCAGGUUGUCGCUGCAGGAGACCCAGCUUCCAAAGUGACUGACCGGGGCUCGUGGGAACCCCGAAGUAAAAAUGGCACUCAGGAACAGGAUGCUGGCCUCGUGGAUCUGGAUGAUGCAAGCCUUCCCGUUAGCGAUGUGUAGUCCUGGCGAGCGCAACGGAAGCGUUUGGAGCACGAUCCAUUUGUUCGGUCCUCUAAUUUCCUUGCUUGGACGUUGAACCAAAGAAAAUUAUAGGAAAAAAAAAAAAAAAAA